AGCCAUUCUGGUUCAAGUUCAAGUCGCAACUGGGAUUUUGUGGGUCAGCGUUAAUGUUGCAGUUGUGACAUUGUGGCGCGUCAUAUGGAAUGCAAUUCCCAAGCUACAAGCAAGCGAUGGAACGAGCGAUUAUGCAGGCUGUGCGUUUGUUGUCUUAUCGUUGUCGCCCCUUGCACUGCGGAAAAGUAUUGCGGAAAGGACAACUGCUACGAAUUGUUGGGUGUGCGUGCCGACGCGGACACAUUUGCCAUAAAACGUGCAUACAGAAAGUUGUCGUUGAAGUGGCAUCCAGACAAGAAUGUGGGUAAGGAGGAGGAAGCGACGCAGAUGUUCACAAAGAUUGCUGCCGCCUACGAAGUCUUGUCCGACGACGAGAUGCGAGCAUCCUACGACUACGCUCUCGAACAUCCUGAGCAGGCCAUGUAUAAUAAUUACCGUUACUACAAGACGAUGGUUGGCCAGAAGGUUUCUUUGCAAUCGGUGUUCAUCGGUUUUGUUGCGUUCAUGAGCUUGCUACAGUAUGUGAAUCAGACAUCGUUGUGCAGACAGCACCGGUCGAUUAUGAUGAAGGCACCCGGUUUCAAAGGCCAGUUGAAAGACGCAGUAGAUGCUAGAGUUUCAGAAUUGCGAUUACGGAGCAGCGUUGAUCUCUCGGCAAAGGAGAAGAACGCAAUUAUGGAGACAUUGUUCUGCAAUUGUCAAGUCGAUGGAAUGAGCCUUGCGCCUGUUGGAGUAGCCAAUCUUUUUAUAGUGCAGCUUGCUCUCUUGCCCAUGCGGGUGAUCGCGUACAUCCGUGAAGCACCAGCCAGACGCAGCUUGCGACACAUGAAGGCUGAGGAGGAGCGUUUUCACCGUGAGCGAGAGAAGGCUGAACUGCUUAAGAGACAGCAGGUUGAGGAAGAUACUCUUCGGAGGCGGUUGGCUGGGAAGGACAGAAAACAGAAGGACGAGUUGGACAGGGAGCGUGCGAAGGAGCGUGCUCGAGAGGAAAGGCGCCGAGAGGAGCUAGAGCGCAAGCGCGAAACUGACGAACGUUGUGAGGCUGGCCGGAGAGCGCGCGAGUAUAUAACCGCAGCUGGGAAAGACUUGGGCUUCAGCGUGGAAGAACUUCGACCUAUUCUUUCACUUGGUAGCGACUCGGUUGUCGCUGCUGCUAAGGACUUGGAGACUUCAGGCCCACCAGAGCUCUUACGUGAUCGUUUCAGGGCUAUGUCCGCUGACCUGAAGGCGUCUGCCAGUCGCGAGCGGGAAUUGCAAGAGAAAGUUGACCGAACACCUUGGGCUCAGGACGAGCUUGCUGCGUUAGCGAAAGGCAUGAACCGCUUCCCUGGGGGCUCCCCUAAUCGUUGGGGUAAGAUUUGUAAUUUCAUCGAGCAGGUCACAGGCAAGCGGCGUUCGGAAGCAGAUGCGACGGACAAGGCUCGUGGUUUGAGCUCGUUAGCUGGUCAGGCGUCCAGUAUGUCCCAGGCGCCUUCGCAAAUUGACAAGACGGUCAGUUCACAGAUUGUCGAAACCAGAUCGAACGAGGGUUCCGACGCAAGAUCGACAUCUGCCAAGUUUGAUUCUUUAUCGGAUGAUUCGAUUUGGAGCCAGGCCCAGCAGGCAGCAUUAGAAAAAGCUUUGGUCACUUACCCUGCGUCGCUUGGACUCACAACAGCUGAGCGUUGGGACAAGAUCUCAGCUUGCGUCGAGGGCAAGUCCCGCAAGCAGUGCGCAGAGAGAUUCAAAGCCUUGCGCGAUCAAGUGAAGUCUGCGUGAAGUCUGCGGAGCUUGGAGGCACCGGUGAUUAUUCAGCGUUUCUUUCUUGGCAAGAGCUUCGAGGAAAGCUCCCAUGGAUUAACCUUCCUGGUCGGUGUCUUCGGGCAAUGAAUUUGGGACGUCUUCUUUGGGCAGCCCUCUGCAGUUUCUUUAUUGGAACGUAUUGCUGGUGUAGUGUGUCUGCCCCUUUGUGAUUUCAAGAUUGUCGGGCAGCUUCCACCGUCGUGGUUGGGCAUAGGAUUGGCGCAUCAGCCUGAGGCGAACACAUCAUGGCGGCUUGUAUACGAGUUUGGCGAUCAUGCUGUAAAUCAGGUUCCGUCCCCUCCUCUUCCCCGUUUCGCGAUUGUUUAUUCGGCAUGUGUUGCUGCUGAUCUCGAGUCCCAUGAGCAAUUCUACUUGGCACAUCCUCCAGAUCGUCAUGAUCAUGCGGUAUUGCGACAUGUACUUGCACCUUCCACCAUGCAUGCGAACGACAGUGCUGGUUGAAAGCUAAACAGUACGACGACACUUCGUUCACAUGCAAGCGUUUCUUCUGUUCCCAGGAGGAAGGCAUCUAGGAGAUGCGCUGCGCUCAGUCAAGCCCCUAUGAGCUCCCUUUCUGAGGCUUGAGCUCGCUGCCAUCGAUGAGGCCGGCUGGCAGGAUCCACCGCUUCGCGGGGCUCCUCCUACUUGCCCAUCCCCUGGCCUGCUCGGUUUCUGACAGCGCUAGCCGUUCCCAAUGAUGUUCGCCGCUCCGAGGCGGACCGCGAGCCCGC